CCCUGUGGCCAAACACUGAUCAGUGAGUGCAAACUACCAGCACAGUGUGUGACUGUGACUGUAUGAGUGGGAGAGAGAGAGAGAGAGAGAGAGGGGAGGGGAGACAAACUGCUUCACACUUUCCCCAGUGCACAAGAGAGACAGAGGCUGCAUGUGCACAGUUUUGCUCAAAGAUCUCCAAAGACUCUCAGCAUCCCACAGAUUCAAUCAAAAGCAACAACAAAAAAUCAGCUGUUGUCAAACAUGGAUGAAGGAAUCCCUCGUUUGCAAGACAGGCAGUUGCUAGAACAUGUGGAUUUUAUAGGACUGGACUAUCCAUCCUUGUAUUUGUGCAAACCCAAAAGAGGCAUGAAAAGAGACGAGAGUAAGGAAACAUACAAACUGCCACACAGAUUGAUAGAAAAGAAGAGGCGAGACAGGAUUAAUGAAUGCAUUGCUCAGCUAAAAGAUUUAUUGCCUGAGCAUCUGAAAUUGACGACAUUGGGGCAUCUGGAGAAAGCUGUAGUUUUGGAAUUAACUUUGAAACACUUGAAAGCUUUAACAGCCUUAACGGAGCAACAGCAUCAGAAUAUAAUUGCUUUACAGAAUGGGGAGCGGUCUAUGAAGUCCCCCAUUCAGUGCGACCUGGAUGCUUUCCAUUCGGGAUUUCAAACGUGCGCCAAAGAAGUCUUGCAAUACCUCUCCAGGUUUGAAAGCUGGACUCCCAGAGAGCAGAGAUGUGCCCAGCUCGUAAACCAUCUGCACGCGGUUUCCACUCAGUUCUUACCCAGCCCCCAGCUGUUGACUCCACAGGUCCCCGUGAGCAAAGGAUCCUCCUCCUCCUGUACACAAGAUCGCACCGGGCAAAAGCUGGAGGCUCAGACUAACUGCGUCCCUGUCAUCCAGCGGACUCACCCGCCCGUGGAGCUCGGCGGGGAGAACGACACAGACACGGAUAGCGGCUAUGGGGGGGAGAGCGAGGGCCGGCCGGAUCGAGAGAAAGGCCCAGCGGCUGGGCUGCCCGGCGUGACUAUCAAACAGGAGCCUGCCGGGGACGAGGCCCCAGCGCCCAAGAGGCUGAGGCUGGAUUGCAGCGGCAGCGCCACGCUCCCUGCUGCUGCCGCCGCCGCCGCGCUGAGCCCGGAGCACCAGGCGGCUGCUGCCCUGCUGAGACCCGACGCCGCCCUGCUCAGCUCCCUCAUGGCCUUUGGCGGGGGCGGGGCUGCUUUUGGCCCGCAAGCCGCCGCCGCCCCCCUUUGCCUGCCCUUCUACUUCAUCUCGCCCUCCGCGGCCGCGGCCUACAUGCAGCCCUUGCUGGACAAGAGCAACCUGGAGAAAUAUCUGUACCCGGCCGCCGCCCCCAUCCCCUUGCUCUACUCCGGCAUCCCGGCCCAGGCCGCCGCCGCCGCCUUCCCCUGUCUGUCCUCCGUGCUGGCGCCGGCUGAUAAGGCGAACGCCGCCGCCGCCUCGGCCCUUCUGCCUCUUGACAUGGUCUCUGCUGGGCAGCACCUGCCCCAUCUCUUCGCUGCUGCCUGCGAGACCGGGCCCAGCCUGGACAGUGAUCUUCCCUCCCCGGAAGAUCUUUUGCAGCCCGGAAAGGAAAGCCCCUGAACUGUGCUACGGGACAUAGGAUUCAGCCCACCCAUGCUCCCUAGUAGGGAGGAAGAAGGAGCCCAUCCUAAUAAAUAACAACAGCAACAAUCAGAAACAACCCACCCACCCACGUUGUGGUUUUAAAGGAGAAAGUGUAAUUGAUUUGCACGAUGUUUCUGUUGUGGUUGUUUCAUUUCUUUGGUGUUCUCUCCUGCUGCGUUCCUUCCCCCCGCCCCCCCAACAAACCAAUUUUUCUGCUGUAAAAGAUCCUUUGCAUUUCUGUGUUUCACAGAGAAUCACAACUUGUCUCCACAUUUACCGAAAGGGAGCAAAUAGAAACAGGCUUCAAAUCAAACGUUUUGUAAGCCGGAGGGUCAGAUUCAGUUUCUGAUCCAGAGUGUCAGUGACAUUUGAAAGUGGGUAGGCAAAAAAAGUGGCCCUGGGAGUCACAGACUAUGGUUAUGGCCUCUCUAGAGAUGUGUAUUAAU